AUGGCUUCGCAUGUGCAAGUUUUCUCUCCUCACACCCUUCAGUCAAGUGCCUUCUGUAGCGCGAAGAAACGGAAAGUGGAGCCAAGUCCUAACUGGGAUAUGAUCUACCAAAAAUGUGGAAUUAAGCGCAAGAGUGAGGAGAUCGAGAGCACAACAGCAGCCGUCAACGCCUCCCUCCAAAUCCCCAAUCCGAGCAUCCCUUACGAGCAGACCAUCAUCUUCCCAGCAAGCACGGGGCACAUUGUGGUGACAUCUGCCAACAGCACUUCCGGUGUGGUAGCAGUGUCUGGGCAAACACUGGGCGGGCCACACAACCUGAUGCGUCGCAGCACUGUGAGCCUUCUGGACACCUACCAAAAAUGUGGACUUAAGCGCAAGAGUGAGGAGAUCGAGAACACAAGCAGUGUGCAGAUCAUUGAAGAGCAUCCACCAAUGAUUCAGAACAAUGCCAGUGGAGCCACUGUAGCCACUGCCACCACCUCCACGGCCACCUCCAAAAACAGUGGUUCCAACAGUGAAGGGGAUUACCAGCUGGUGCAACACGAGGUGCUCUGUUCCAUGACCAACACGUAUGAAGUGUUAGAGUUUCUUGGCCGUGGAACCUUUGGACAAGUAGUCAAAUGCUGGAAACGUGGCACUAAUGAGAUUGUGGCCAUCAAGAUCCUAAAGAACCAUCCUUCCUAUGCCCGGCAAGGCCAGAUUGAAGUGAGCAUUCUGGCUCGUCUGAGCACAGAAAGUGCGGAUGACUACAACUUUGUCCGUGCGUACGAGUGCUUCCAGCACAAGAAUCACACGUGCUUGGUCUUUGAAAUGUUGGAGCAGAACCUCUAUGAUUUCCUGAAGCAAAACAAAUUUAGUCCGUUGCCCCUUAAGUACAUUCGACCAAUUCUCCAGCAGGUGGCAACUGCCCUGAUGAAGCUGAAAAGUUUGGGACUGAUUCACGCUGAUCUCAAACCGGAGAACAUCAUGUUGGUAGACCCAGCCCGACAGCCAUAUAGGGUCAAGGUCAUAGACUUUGGUUCAGCCAGCCAUGUGUCUAAAGCUGUGUGUUCUACCUACCUUCAAUCCAGAUAUUACAGGUAA